CUUCAUUUCAUUUGUCUUUCCUAAGUAUUUUACGCUUUAAAACUACAAGAUCUUUCAGGGUUAUACAGUCAACUAUUAACAAGUCGACAUGGCACCUCAGACCCUUGCGGAGAAAGCCAAGGCCAAGCUCCAGGCUGUUCUAGAGGAUCCCAACAGGAACGACUCAUCUUCCUACAAGCAGAGAGUGAUGACUACUACGACUCCUGCGACCGGAUCCGAGUGGACCAACACUUGGGUACGACGAAAUAGUAACGAUCGUCGGGCCAGUGUUGGAAGUGAAGGUUCAACUGGAUCACCUGUUCGCCGCAGGUCAAGCUUCCAAGAGUGGCUAUAUCCCUCAGCUCGUUAA